GACUUUUGCUGGUGCUACGUGGAUCAGAAACGAGAGAAAAGCAAGAAUAAAUACAAUACUGAGUGCAGGCUUAAAGAGUCUAUCUUCCUGUGUGUUGUCAGAUGAGGCUGUGUGGUGAGUAGCUCUAUCACAAGUCAGUGGAGGACCAGGAGAGGAGCAUCCUAGAAAAUGCUGUAGGUUCAUACCAUAAGAUCGCGACACUUUUUAAUAAUUACGAAGCCAGAGGUCGCAUCUUUUGGAGGUUGAAAAAUUAUAUUGAAGCCCUGGUGUCGCAUAUUUAGAGGGUCUCAUCUAAUUGGAGGUAACUUUACAGAGUCUACUUGCCUUGAUUUCAGGCCGCUUAAAAAAACUGAUUUUCCAGUAGGCUACAAUCGAGGCUAGGGAGUGGCUACGUUUAUACCUCUAUUUAGAACGCGACAUUAUAAAAUAAUUAUCAACUUAGCUGUCGCUACUUUUAGAGGUCAGAAAAUUGCUGAAGCUCUUGGGUGUCGCAUAUUUGGAGGGUCGCCUUAAAUCAAGGUCUUACGGUAGUAUAAUUUUAUUAUCUAUAUAAAAAAAAAAUUAUAAUUAUUAUGGCCGUUCAACAAUCCCUAUAAUUACUCUAUACAUUUUGUCCAUCUUGAGAGCAGUGAAAACUCAUCUAAAGACAUUUGUAUUUGAGGGCACUACUCUGAACCUGCGUCCAUCGUGCUUUGUCUGCAUCACCAUGAACCAUGAACCCAGGUUAUGCUGGCCGCUCUGAGCUACCAGACAAUCUAAAGGUGUUGUUUCGUACAGUGGCCAUGAUGGUGCCAGACUAUGCCAUGAUUGGAGAGAUCUCUCUCUACUCUUAUGGUUUUGUGGAUGCUCGUAAUCUGGCUGUCAAGAUUGUCAUGACCUAUCGACUGGCAAGACCAAGGUCCUAGAGGUACAUGUACUAGCUGACACACUCACACUACUCAAUGAGAGGGGACAGAUGGAAGAGAACAAGACAGUCAUCAACCCCAAGGCUGUCACUAGGGGUCAACUGUUUGGUCAGUUUGACCCUGUGUCACACGAGUGGACUUAUGGUGUGGUAGCCAACACAUUCAGGGAGUUUGCACCUGCACAAAAUGAUGACAGUAAGUGGGUGGUGUUUGAUGGUCCUAUAGACACUCUGUGGAUGGAGUCCAUGAACACUGUACCGGAUGACAACAAGAAGCUGUGUCUCAUGUCGGGGGAGAUCAUUCAAAUGAGCAACUGUAUGAACCUCAUCUUUGAAGCAGAUGAUCUGUCACAAGCCUCGGAUAGUGAGGAGGACCGGAGCUGAUACAAGAGAGCUCUUGUCUGGCAGGACAGACCCAACAGCUGCAGGCAGGACUACAGGAUAGUGAGGACGACCGGAGAGAGCUCUUGUCUGGCAGGACAGACCCAACAGCUGCAGGCAGGACUACAGGUACAGUGAGUGCUACUAGGUGUUCACUAUCAGCUGUUUGCACAGACCUUGCUUCCGUUUCCAAUCCCUAUGUUAGCACAGACCUUGCUAAAUCAUUCACUUCAUUACCACAAACCACCAUACAAUGUUGCUAUGCAAAUAGUAUAAAUACAUGUACAUGCAUGUAGUAUAGUUAUAAAUAAGAAGAGCAAUGAUGGCUUCUAGAACUAGACUAUGGGAACUCAUAGAACACUGGGGAUCUACCAAUUAACGCUUUAUGCUGAGACUUGCAUGCUGUUCAGCCUUCACACUGCUUUCCAUACAUGCAGUGGACAGAUUAGUAGCUAUACAGGUAUAUCUGCUUGUAUAUGCAAGCUAGUCCCAGCCCAUUCUCUACUUUAAAUCCUUACCAUAAUUUGUAUGUGAGUUUCCAUACCACCAAGAGUAGAUAAGAGCAUCUACCAUUGAUACCACCUUAUAACGGGGAAUUGUCGAGGGUCUAAUUUUAUCUCGCAGAUUAGCCAGAAAAUAUUAGCCCUCAAAAAGUACCAUACAAGUUCUGGAAGCCAUCAUUGCUCAGGAUGUUGUUAGAAUAGCAACAUUCUAUGGUGGUGUUGUGGUAAUGAUAAGGAUUUUAGGACACCCACACACACACACACACACACACACACACAGCGGAGCUGAGCUGCUCUGGAGCGAGGGCUGUGAUGAGUGUAAGAGUGGCUACAGGAUGGAGGAGAACAGCUGCGUGGAAUGAUAUUCUGCCAACAGUGCACUUCACAAAGCACCCAGCUGCCCUCCUCAAAGAAGUUGGUCAGAGUCUGUGACAGCUGCUUCCUGGACUUGAACUGAACAUAAUUUACACACUUUGUUUUUGUAUAAUUAUACCUCAUUCAUUUUGUGUUGUCCUCAAGUGAUCAAUUAUUCACUGUGGUCUACAAUUAAUUUUAAUGUUUUGCAAAUUCCUUGCUGGGAAA